GCUGACUUCUUUGAAGUAAAUUUGCAAAAUAUAUGUAUGCUCAUUUGCAUUUAUCCAUCAUUAUAUUUUUGAAGAGCCAACUGAAUUAUACAUGCAUACCAUAAUUUCUUGAAUUUCUAUGUUGAACUUUAUAAACUAAUUUGGAAUUGAUUGCCAUUUGAUUAGGGUUUUUGGAGCUGUUAAAUAAAAAAUUCCAUCAAUGGCCAUACGUGCUCUCUUUCAAGCAAAAAACUCCAAUAUCUCCGCAUCCAUUUUUGCAAUCCUUGCAAAACCUCUUCAUCAAUUUUCUCAUCCUCUUAAAUGCAAGUGCUUAUAUGGAGAACUUGUUUUGAAAGAGCCAAUCAUGGAGCUACAACAACGCCUCUACCAUGAUGGGAGGCCGAGGGGUCCCCUAUGGAGGGGAAAGAAGCUACUUGGGAAGGAGGCGCUCUUUGUGAUACAGGGAAUGAAGAGGUUCAAGGACAAUGACGAGAAGCUUGCCAGGUUCAUCAAGUCCCAUGUCUUGCGGUUGCUGAAACUGGAGAAGAUCACAGUGCUCAAUGAGCUUGAGCGGCAACAAGAGGUCGGAUUGGCACUCAAGAUGUUCAGGUUAAUUGAAAAGGAAGACUGGUUUAAACCAGAUGUGUUUCUGUACAAGGAUUUGAUUAUUUCUUUAGCAAAGGGUCAAAAUAUGGAAGAAGCUAUGCAAGUGUGGGAUAGCAUGAAGGAAAAGGAGUUAUUUCCUGAUUAUCAAACUUAUGCAGAGGUUAUCAGGGGAUUUCUCAGAUUUGGUUCACCAGCUGAUGCAAUGAAUAUUUACGAGGACAUGAAAAAAUGUCCUGAUCCCCCGGAAGAGUUACCCUUCAGGGUACUAUUGAAGGGACUUGUACCCCACCCUCUCUUCAGAAAUAGGGUAAAACAAGACUUUAUAGAACUCUUUCCUGAGAGGCACAUUUAUGACCCUCUAGAAGAGACUUUUGGCAUGCAAUGAGGUAUAUUUGCCCUAAACCCUAAUCCCAUCAGUUUGAAAGUUAUGUAGUACCUUGUAUGUUUGAUUCUUUUAUAUUUUAUUCACCAUGUUUAAUAUCUUAGUGGAGAAAGAAGUACCUAUCACUUGUAGUUUUCUUCUUAUAGCUUAUAUGAUGCUAAUAGUUUGUGUAUUCUCUUUCUGCUUUUAAGGAAGGUUAGAUGUUUAAGGUUAUCAUAAUUUGUUUUC